ACUAACGUGCUCUCACGGAAAUAUUUCUAGGGCGCGUAGAUCUGAGCUGGGGAGCUCGAGAGCUCGGCGAUGGGGGGGACAGCAUCGACGCCGCGGCCGGAUGCGCGGCCGGAAGAACACCGCGAUUAUCUUCUCGGGGCGAUGGUAGGCGGCCGAAUUUACGAUCUAAGCUCCAGCUUUUGGGAGAAGCUGUUGCUGCUGCCUCCGGCAUUCGAAUGGUCCGUGGAGCGAGUGAAUGAAGCUGGCGCUCUACUCGCUCAGAACAAUCUCCAGACUCGGCAUUUCCCCAAAUUGCUCGUCCAUCUCGUGUGGAGCAUCCAAGAGGUGACUGCCUCGCCGGGAUCCAAAUCCUCGGCCGUGAAAGUCAUCAAUGCGACGUACUUCUCUCGGGUGUUUCUCAAGUACUUAAUCGAGAAUUCUUCCUCGUCUUUCUCGAGCCAUCUCGUUCUACACAUCAGUGAUCACGACGCAGGGAUCUCAAAGCUACCCGAAGGCGAUCUAAAUGUUCCCAGCCUAGUGCUGCAUGGAUUGCUGACUUUCAUCGGUGCCUCGGAUAUAAAUCCUUACACGUACAUGCUACACCUCGAGCUUGUGAACUUGCUUCUCGUCAUGAUGUCGACACAGCUUUAUUCGCCUAUGAGCGCAGGCUUUCAUCCAUUUCUAGAUGCCGCUAUUGCACAGGAAAGCUAUGUUGUUGGUCCUUUCAUUCGCAAGCUGCUCCUUUCGUUUAUUGCAAGAACUCCUUUGCCAUCAGAAGCUGCGUACUACGGGACGCAGGACAAAGAAACGGGUGUUAUACGGAAAAUGAGCUCAGCAGCUGCGACGGUGUUUAUGCUGCCGUACUACACCUACACGUAUUUGCUGAGCCCCGGGAGUGACCGCUUUUCCAAAUUCCCGUUGGCGGAUAACAGUUUGCUUCUGCUUUUGGUUCUUGUUCACUAUGGAAAGAGAACCCAUGUUACUCCUCUGGACAAUGAUGUAGAACCUUGUACCGAAAACUUGGCGGUGGGUCUGCACAACCCUUUUCGUCGAGCACUAUCAUCCUCAAGAGAUACAGACUUUGACAUCGCAGACAUCGAGCAAGCUGGGCAGGGAGUUCGAAUUCCGUUUGCGGCCUUGUUUGAUAGGCUUGGACCGGGCCUCACCGAAGACGCAACUAUUUUGCUCCUUUACUCGCUUGUCCAUGGGAAUCCGGCAUUCUUGGAGUACGUGCUAGUGCGAACUGAUUUAGACACUCUGAUUAUGCCGGUGCUAGAGAUGCUUUAUGAUGUACAGAAACGAACUCCAAAUCAAAUAUACAUGCUCCUGGUUAUCUUUCUUAUACUUAGCCAGGAUUCGACGUUCAACGCAAGCAUACACAAGCUGAUAUUACCAGGGGUUUCUUGGUAUAAAGAGCGUCUUCUUCCAGGGAUUUCUCUGGGAUCGUUGAUGGUUGUCAUUCUUAUCAGAACAGUGAAGUUCAACCUGUCCAAGCUUCGAGAUCUAUUUCUUCACACAAACUGUCUUGCCAUUUUGGCGAACAUGGCCCCACACAUGCAUCAGCUCAAUGCUUAUGCGUCUCAAAGGCUCGUGAGCCUUUUCGACAUGCUCGCACGAAAAUACAAGAAGGUUGUGGAUGCCAAUAUCAACGUCAAGGUUGCGGUUGCGAAGCUCGGUCAGGUGGAAGGCUUUGAGGCUUCAGAGGAUAUGCCAACAGAGCUACAUAUCUACACUGAUUUUUUGCGCAUUGUUCUGGAAAUCAUUAACGCGAUCCUAACGUACGCUCUUCCUAGAAAUCCGGAGGUUGUGUAUGCGCUUUUGCACAGACAAGAGUUGUUUCAACCGUUUAAGGAGCAUCCUCGUUUCUAUGAGCUUCUGGAGAACAUAUUCAAUGUUCUAGACUUUUUCAACGUCCGCAUGGAUGAUCAGCAGUCAAAUGCGGAGUGGUCCGUCGAGAAAGUCUUGCAAAUAGUAAUCGCAAACGCAAGAUCCUGGCGAGGUGAAGGAAUGAAGAUCUUCACACAGUUGCGAUUUACAUACGAAGAAGAGCUCCACCCAGAGGAAUUUUUUGUGCCAUACAUUUGGCAGCUAGUAGUAGACCAAAGAAAUAUAGAUUGGAACCUCGACAUGAUCUCUUUGUUUCCAGCCAGAUCACAAGUAGAACUUGGAGACGGCCAUGUUGAUAAACAGCUACAAGAUAUUCCUGUUUCAACCAAUCCUGUUUGAUUUGCUUGUCCAAACUUCCGGGGUGAUGUAUAAGCUUUUAGAAGAGAGAAUCUAAAGAAUAAUAAAGAAAGAGAAGAACAAAAAUA